UUCAAAAAUUCACCACUGAUGUAUUUCUCAGGAGUAUCUGGGGCAGAAAACAGACUACGCCACUCUCACAGAAGCUCCAGGGCUACAGGAAGCGUUUGUAGUAGCAAUACGCCUGCGCAGCUGUUUCACACAAAAUCGCCCGCUUUCCCUCGUCCCUCUAGCAGGGGGCGCUGUGAAGUAAUGAACUAUUCUUUCUCUCAGAGCUCCGGAACGGUGCUUAAAAGGGCUGGAGGUGAAGUGGGCGAGGGGCGUUCUAUCCUUGACUGCGCUUGUCUCUAUCGCCCUUUGUCCUCCAGCCUCCCCGGGCGCGUUGGGCUUGCGGGCGAGGUUGCUAGGCGGAAGCGCGGUGGCGGCGGCUGUCGCUGCUGCUGCUGCCGGGGCGUUUGAAAAGCGGUUACGCAGGCGACGAAAGCAGACCCCGCCUCCGGGCCGCCGACCACGACCAUGGUCUCCAAGUCCGACCAACUCCUCAUAGUCGUAUCCAUCCUUGAAGGUACUUUGUGGAGGCCUGGCAUUAUUUGUGGGGUCAAGGAGAAGGUCGUCAUUUCCCCAAACGUCCAAAGCAUAUGCUUGUUGUAGAAGCAAAAUUUGAUGGAGAACAGUUGGCUACUGAUCCUGUGGACCAUACAGAUCAGCCAGAAUUUGCUACUGAAUUAGCCUGGGAAAUUGACAGGAAAGCUCUUCAUCAGCACAGGCUACAGCGUACUCCUAUCAAACUCCAGUGUUUUGCCUUAGAUCCUUUAUCUUCCACCAAGGAAACCAUAGGUUACAUUGUUCUGGACUUAAGAACUGCCCAAGAAACAAAGCAGGCACCAAAAUGGUAUCAGUUGCUGAGUAAUAAAUACACCAAGUUCAAGUCUGAGAUACAGAUAAGCAUUGCUUUGGAAACAGAUACAAAGGCACCAGUGGAUAGUUUUAAAGCAAAGGGAGCACCUCCUAGAGAUGGAAAAGUACCUGCCAGCCUCUCUGGACUUGACCCCAAGGACAUUGUGGCAGUGCUGAACGAGGAAGGAGGCUACCAUCAGAUUGGACCAGCGGAGUAUUGUACUGACUCCUUCGUUAUGUCAGUGACCAUAGCAUUUGCCACCCAGUUGGAGCAGUUAAUUCCAUGUACGAUGAAACUUCCAGAAAGACAGCCUGAGUUUUUCUUUUAUUAUUCUUUGCUGGGAAAUGAUGUUACAAAUGAACCCUUCAAUGAUUUGAUCAACCCAAACUUCGAGCCAGAGAGAGCAUCUGUUCGCAUACGUAGUAGUAUAGAAAUUCUUCGUAUUUACCUGGCUCUUCAGUCUAAACUACAGAUCCAUCUUUGCUGUGGAGACCAAUCACUUGGGAGCACAGAAAUACCAUUAACUGGAUUACUGAAGAAGGGCAGUAUAGAAAUCAACCAGCACCCAGUAACAGUUGAGGGUGCAUUUACCCUUGAUCCCCCAAACCGUGCCAAACAAAAGCUUGCACCCAUUCCUUUGGAGCUGGCUCCAACUGUGGGAGUGUCUGUGGCUCUGCAGAGAGAAGGCAAAGAUGCCCAGUCUUUAAUUGAAUUAAAGACCCAGAAUGAGCAUGAGCCAGAGCAUUCAAAGAAGAGAGUUUUAACCCCCAUAAAGGAAAAGACACUUACUGAACCAAAAUCACCAAACAUGUCCCCUGUUCCACCUCAAAACCAGUCACCUCCAACAAAAGAUGAUGCAACAGAAAGUGAAAUAGAAAGCUUACAGUAUGAUAAGGACACAAAACUACAUCCAAAGGCCAUGAAUUCUGUGCCUGCUUCACUGACCCAGCCAGUGAUUACAUCCAAUGCUUCAGAAACAGCUUCAGGACAGAAAAUUGCUGUUCCAGCAACAUCACAUCAUUUUUGCUUUUCAAUAGACUUAAGGAGUGUCCAUGACUUGGAAAUUGCUUUUCCAGUCAAUUGUAUAUUAAGAUACUCAUAUCCAUUCUUUGGAAGUGCAGCUCCUAUUAUGACUAAUCCUCCUGUAGAAGUUCGGAAAAACAUGGAAGUUUUUCUUCCCCAAUCUUACUGUGCAUUUGAUUUUGCAACUAUGCCUCAUCAGCUGCAUGAUACCUUCUUAAGGAUUCCUUUGCUGGUUGAAUUAUGGCACAAGGAUAAAAUGAGUAAAGAUUUACUUCUGGGAGUCGCAAGAAUCCAGCUUUCUAACAUCUUGUCUGCAGAAAAAACCUGCUUUUUAGGUGCUAAUGGUGAACAGUGUUGGCGUCAAACUUACAGUGAAAGUGUGCCUGUUACAGCAGCACAGGGGUCGAAUAAUAGGAUAGUAGAUCUUUCUUACACAGUGACUCUAGAAGAUUAUGGACUAGUAAAAAUGCGUGAGAUUUUUGUCUCUGAUUCAUCUCAGGGUUUACCUGCAGGACAACAGAAGCCAUCUUCUCUUCCUCCAGCACUCUGUACUUCAGAAAUCCAGACAGAGCCUCGUGAAACCUUAGAAUACAAAGCAGCUCUUGAGCUAGAAAUGUGGAAAGAAAUGCAAGAAGACAUUUUUGAAAAUCAGCUAAAGCAGAAAGAACUGGCUCAUAUGCAGGCUCUUGCAGAGGAAUGGAAGAAAAGGGACCGAGAGAGAGAAUCACUAGUAAAGAAAAAGGUAGCUGAAUAUACUAUAUUAGAAGGAAGACUUCAAAAAACCUUGAUUGACUUGGAGAAGCGAGAACAGCAGCUUGCGAGUGUAGAAUCUGAGCUUCAAAGAGAAAAAAGGGAACUGCAGUCAGAACGUGAACGGAACCUGCAGGAACUUCAGGAUGCUAUCCGUAGGGCCAAAGAAGAUUGUGUUCACCAAGUAGAACUAGAAAGGUUAAAGAUCAAGCAGCUUGAAGAGGAUAAACACCGACUUCAGCAGCAGCUUAAUGAUGCUGAAAAUAAGUAUAAGAUUUUAGAAAAAGAGUUCCAGUAUUUCAAGGAUCAGCAAAACAACAAACCAGAAAUCCAUCUGCAGUCUGAAAUAAAUCUUCUCACUUUGGAAAAGGUUGAACUUGAAAGAAAGUUGGAAUCUGCAACUAAGUCUAAACUGCAUUACAAGCAGCAAUGGGGACGAGCUUUGAAAGAACUUGCCAGACUUAAACAGCGUGAACAAGAAAGUCAAAUGGCUCGUCUUAAAAAACAGCAGGAAGAAUUGGAACAGAUGAGACUACGCUACCUGGCUUCUGAAGAAAAAGAUACAGUAAAAACUGAUCGACAAGAAUUGUUGGAUAUAAGAAAUGAAUUGAACAGGUUAAGGCAACAAGAACAAAAACAGUACCAGGAUUCCAGAGAGAUUGCAGGUGGAAAAAUGGAUGGCCCACAUGGCAAUGCAUUGGACGAAGGCUUGGAUGAUUAUCUGACUCGCCUAAUAGAAGAAAGGGAUACUUUGAUGAGAACGGGUGUGUAUAAUCACGAAGAUCGAAUAAUAACUGAACUGGACCGACAGAUUAGACAGGUUUUGGCAAAAAACAAUGCCAGUAAUUAAUAACAUUUGAAAAGUCUUUACAGAGAUACCAGGUCCAAAAUUUAAUUCCAUUGUAAAACUGUUAAAAGAAAGGGGUGGGGAGAAUGGAUUUUUUUUAAAUGUUGUUUUCAAUUUUUUAUGUUACUGUAUAGUAUUUAUUUGAUUUUAUUUACUUUAUGCUACCUCUCCCACACUGGUUUUAUUUGUAAUAACUUUUUAUAUACUCAUUUUAAAUGACUUUUCAGUGUUUCUCAUAAUUUAUAAUUUGAUGGCUAACUUUAAGAACAGCUUUUUACUAAACGUAUUCUAGGAAAAAUGACUGCAGUAAUUUCCAGUUAUACAAUUUUUCACAUUGAGCCAAAAAAAGUAUGUGUUGCACUUUAAAAAUUCUGUGUCCUGUUCCAUUGGAAUGUAAAUAUCUUAAAAGUUGAGACCAAUUGUAAAUGUAACAAGUUUUACUUAACUCACUUUAGAUGACCUGUUUUAUUUUUCCUUUAACUUAUAAUAUUUCCAAGUGACAAAUUUGAAAACAGGAAAGCAGAAUCAUUGCAGAAAAGCCAUAUGACAUUUUGGGUGACAAAUUAGUCAUUUAUUUUAAUACAGAUUAAGCUUUUCUCAAAGCUAUUGCGUUUUCAAAUUUACAACUUACUCUUGACUUUUAAGAAUGUGAAGUAAUAGUCUAAUUUGGCCUUCUCGGUUAGUCUUAUGCUCAGUAUUAAGCAUUGUUUUCUUUCAUUGGAAUUAGAAAUUUUUUUCUGUUUUUUUUUUUUUCCCCUCCAGCAAUAGUAAAAUUAGUCAACUCAAACCCUGUCUAAUAUAAUGUGGAAACAGACGCAUAAAGGCUUUAGCUGAAAAAAAAAAAAAAAAAAGAGUGAAAAUCUAUUUUUUCCUCUCUCUAAAUUUAAUCAAUCUUUUUCAAAAGUAUAUGAGAUUAAGUUAUUGGAUUUAUGUAGUGCCAUAUCUCUUUAAACUUUGAAUUCUUUACAUAGUCUUCUUCAGUGCCUAAAUUGGUCCUCAAAGCAACACUUUUCCACCUCCUUUUAAAGGGUACUAAAAGGUUUAUUAGCAAAUUCACAGAUGAGGUGAGUCUUAAAAAAUUCAUGUAGUUUUAAAGUUCUGAUUCCCAAAUGUAAUAAUAAACUAAAGUGUAUACUUUAGGAAGUAUAUACUAUUACCGAUAACUUCCAUAAAAACAGAAUAGGAUAUUUAGUAACAUUAAAUUAGUUAACUUUUUGGUAUUUUCAAGGAGGCAUAUUUCUUGUUUGGGAAAUUAAAGUCCCUACAUGCAUUAUAUGUUUAUUUUCCUUAUUAAUAAAGUAUUAAUUUACUGAAAACAGCCCAACAGUAAAUAACAGAGAAAGAAAUUACUGAAUGAGAGGAUAAUGAAUCUGUGAAUCAUAGUAGGAAUUUGAAGUAUUAAUUAUGGUUAGACAUUUUCUCUCAUUGAUUUUGUGCCAUAUGAACGGAACAGAAGGUAUUUUUGUUUUGUUUUGUUUCAUUUUUUGAAAAGUUUUGGGUAAAAUAUUGUGACUGUUUACCUUUCAUUGCAUUGUUUGCUGCAUGUGACUGUUUUCAAACACUAGAGGGGGCCUUAGAUUUAAAGAAACAAAGAAGACUUUUCUAAAAUGAAUGUGUGGUUUAUUUUGCCUUCAGUAAAGCAGUCUUUUGGCUAUGUAAUUUAACAAAUAAAAUCUUAACUAUGCA